AUGAAGAGUCCGGGGGUUUGCGGCCCCUUCCGUCCGGGCGCAGGAGACGAGCGGCGGGGGAACAACCUCCCCCUUCCUCCCAAACCUCCCCCUUCCUCCCAAACCUCCCCCUACCUCCCUAUCCUCCCCCUUCCUCCCAAACCUCCCCCUUCCUCCCAAACCACCCCCUUCCUCCCAAACCUCCCCCUUCCUCCCAAACCUCCCCCUACCUCCCUAUCCUCCCCCUUCCUCCCCCUACCUCCCUCUAUCUCCCAAACCUCCCCCUUCCUCCCAAACCUUCCCCUACCUCCCUAUCCUCCCCCUUCCUCCCCCUACCUCCCUCUGUCUCCCAAACCUCCCCCUUCCUCCCAAACCUUCCCCUUCCUCCCCCUUCCUCCCAAACCUCCCCCUUCCUCCCAAACCUCCCCCUCCUCCCAAACCUCCCCCUUCCUCCCAAACCUCCCCCAUCCUCCCAAACCUCCCCCUUCCUCCCAAACCACCCCCUACCUCCCAAACCUUCCCCUUCCUCCCCCUUCCUCCCAAACCUCCCCCUUCCUCCCAAACCUCCCCCUUCCUCCCAAACCUCCCCCAUCCUCCCCCUUCCUCCCAAACCUCCCCCUUCCUCCCAAACCUCCCCCAUCCUCCCAAAGCUCCCCCUUCCUCCCAAACCUCCCCCUUCCUCCCAAACCUCCCCCAUCCUCCCAAAGCUCCCCCUUCCUCCCAAACCUCCCCCUUCCUCCCAAACCUCCCCCUUCCUCCCAAAGCUCCCCCUUCCUCCCAAACCUCCCCCUUCCUCCCAAACCCCCCCCUUCCUCCCAAAGCUCCCCCUUCCUCCCAAACCACCCCCUUCCUCCCAAACCUCCCCCUUCCUCCCAAACCUCCCCCUUCCUCCAAAACCACCCCCUUCCUCCCAAACCUCCCCCUUCCUCCCAAACCUCCCCCUUCCUCCCAAACCUCCCCCUUCCUCCCAAACCACCCCCUUCCUCCCAAACCUCCCCCUUCCUCCCAAACCUCCCCCUUCCUCCUAAACCUCCCCCUUCCUCCCAAACCUCCCCCUUCCUCCCAAACCUCCCCCUUCCUCCUAAACCUCCCCCUUCCUCCCAAACCUCCCUCUACCUCCCAAACCUCCCCCUUCCUCCCAAACCUCCCCCUUCCUCCCAAACCUCCCUCUCCCUCCCAAACCUCCCCCAUCCUCCCAAACCUCCCCCUUCCUCCCAAACCUCCCCUCUCCCCCCUUCCUCCCAAACCUCCCCCUUCCUCCCAAACCCCCCCCUUCCUCCCAAAGCUCCCCCUUCCUCCCAAACCUCCCCCUUCCUCCAAAACCACCCCCUUCCUCCCAAACCUCCCCCUUCCUCCCAAACCUCCCCCUUCCUCCCAAACCUCCCCCUUCCUCCCAAACCUCCCCCUUCCUCCCAAACCUCCCCCUUCCUCCCAAACCUACCCCUUCCUCCUAAACCUCCCCCUUCCUCCCAAACCUCCCCCUUCCUCCCAAACCUCCCCCUUCCUCCUAAACCUCCCCCUUCCUCCCAAACCUCCCUCUACCUCCCAAACCUCCCCCUUCCUCCCAAACCUCCCCCUUCCUCCCAAACCUCCCUCUCCCUCCCAAACCUCCCCCAUCCUCCCAAACCUCCCCCUUCCUCCCAAACCUCCCCUGUCUCCCAAACCUCCCCCUUCCUCCCAAACCUCCCUCUCCCUCCCAAACCUCCCCCAUCCUCCCAAACCUCCCCCUUCCUCCCAAACCUCCCCUGUCUCCCAAACCUCCCCCAUCCUCCCAAACCUCCCCCUUCCUCCCAAACCACCCCCUACCUCCUAAACCUCCCCCUUCCUCCCAAACCUCCCUCUCCCUCCCAAACCUCCCCCUUCCUCCCAAACCUCCCUCUCCCUCCCAAACCUCCCCUACCUGCCAAACCUCCCCCUUCCUCCCAAACCUCCCUCUCCCCUCCCAAACCUCCCCCUUCCUCCCAAACCUCCCCCUUCCUCCCAAACCUCCCUCUCCCUCCCAAACCUCCCCCUCCUCCCAAACCUCCCCCUUCCUCCCAAACCUCCCCCAUCCUCCCAAACCUCCCCCUUCCUCCCAAACCUCCCCCUUCCUCCCAAACCUCCCCCUACCUCCCAAACCUCCCCCUUCCUCCCAAACCUCCCCCUGUCUCCCAAACCUCCCCCUUCCUCCCAAACCACCCCCUACCUCCCAAACCUCCCCCUUCCUCCCAAACCUCCCCCUUCCUCCCAAACCUCCCCCUACCUCCUAAACCUCCCCCUUCCUCCCAAACCACCCCCUACCUCCCAAACCUCCCCCUUCCUCCCAAACCACCCCCUACCUCCCAAACCUCCCCCUUCCUCCCAAACCUCCCCCUACCUCCCAAACCUCCCCCUUCCUCCCAAACCUCCCCCUUCCUCCCAAACCACCCCCUACCUCCCCCUUCCUCCCAAAGCUCCCCCUCCCUCCCAAACCUCCCCCUCCCUCCCAAACCUCCCCCAUCCUCCCAAACCUCCCCCUUCCUCCCAAACCUCCCCCUUCCUCCCAAACCUCCCCCUUCCUCCCAAACCUCCCUCUCCCUCCCAAACCUCCCCCUUCCUCCCAAACCUCCCUCUCCCUCCCAAACCUCCCCCAUCCUCCCAAACCUCCCCCUUCCUCCCAAACCUCCCCCUUCCUCCCAAACCUCCCCCAUCCUCCCAAACCUCCCCCUUCCUCCCAAACCUCCCCCUUCCUCCCAAACCUCCCCCUUCCUCCCAAACCUCCCUCUCCCUCCCAAACCUCCCCCUUCCUCCCAAACCUCCCCCAUCCUCCCAAACCUCCCCCUUCCUCCCAAACCUCCCCCUUCCUCCCAAACCUCCCCCUUCCUCCCAAACCUCCCCCAUCCUCCCAAACCUCCCCUACCUGCCAAACCUCCCCCUUCCUCCCAAACCUCCCUCUCCCUCCCAAACCUCCCCCUUCCUCCCAAACCUCCCCCUUCCUCCCAAACCUCCCUCUCCCUCCCAAACCUCCCCCUUCCUCCCAAACCUCCCCCUUCCUCCCAAACCUCCCCCAUCCUCCCAAACCUCCCCCUUCCUCCCAACCCCCCCCAUCCUCCCAAACCUCCCCCUUCCUCCCAAACCUCCCCCUACCUCCCAAACCUCCCCCUACCUCCCAAACCUCCCUCUACCUCCCAAACCUCCCCCAUCCUCCCAAACCUUCCCCUUCCUCCCAAACCUCCCCCUACCUCCCAAACCUCCCCCAUCCUCCCAAACCUCCCCCUACCUCCCAAACCUCCCCCAUCCUCCCAAACCUCCCCCUACCUCCUAAACCUCCCCCUUCCUCCCAAACCUCCCUCUACCUCCCAAACCUCCCCCAUCCUCCCAACCUCCCCCUACCUCCCAAACCUCCCCCAUCCUCCCAAACCUCCCCCUACCUCCCAAACCUCCCCCAUCCUCCCAAACCUCCCCCUACCUCCUAAACCUCCCCCUUCCUCCCAAACCUCCCCCUUCCUCCCAAACCUCCCCCUACCUCCCCCUACCUCCCAAACCUCCCCCUUCCUCCCAAACCUCCCCCAUCCUCCCAAACCACCCCCCUACCUCCCAAACCUCCCCCAUCCUCCCAAACCUCCCCCUUCCUCCCAAACCUCCCCCAUCCUCCCAAACCUCCCCCUUCCUCCCAAACCUCCCCCUCCUCCCAAACCUCCCCCUUCCUCCCAAACCUCCCCCUACCUCCCAAACCUCCCCCUUCCUCCCAAACCUCCCCCUUCCUCCCAAACCUUCCCCUUCCUCCCAAACCUCCCCCUACCUCCCAAACCUCCCCCCCAAACUUUCCCCUUCCUCCUAAACCUCCCCCUUCCUCCCAAACCUCCCUCUCCCCCCCCCAAACCUCCCCCUUCCUCCCAAACCCCCCCCUACCUCCCAAACCUCCCCCUUCCUCCCAAACCUCCCCCUACCUCCCAAACCUCCCCCUUCCUCCCAAACCUCCCCCUUCCUCCCAAACCUUCCCCUUCCUCCCAAACCUCCCCCCUUCCUCCCAAACCUCCCCCUACCUCCCAAACCUCCCCCUUCCUCCCAAACCUCCCCCUUCCUCCCAAACCUUCCCCUUCCUCCCAAACCUCCCCCUACCUCCCAAACCUCCCCCCCAAACUUUCCCCUUCCUCCUAA